CAUCUGGCCACGGAUGCACGAAAAGACAGGAACGAUUGCGCGCCUCCGCGAGCAGCUUUUGCUAGAGACGCCGGAAGCGCGCCUCGUGGCCCUUGGGUUUUGCCAGCUUGGCCGGCUUGACGACACGAUCGAAAAGUACGCGAUCGCGAGGGACUGGGACGCGGACGCGACCUUGAGUGCGAUGCGCAGCAGUAUCGCGUGGCGCGUCGAGCAGGAUGUGCCGUCGCUCAUGGCUGGUCCGGCCUUGCCCAACGAAAAGCUCGAGGCCAUUCGCCGCUUCAACCCGCAAGGAUUCCACGGAGAGGACAAGGAUGGACGACUUGUCUACAUUGAGCGCACGGGCUACUUGGACUGCGAUGCGCUUCUCAAGGUCGUGACGCCCGAUGACAUUCUCAAGGCCCACGUGCAAAAGUGCGAGUAUAAGCUCAACGUGCUCUUGCCCCGCCAGGUGGUCGCGCGCGGCGCCGCUGCGUCCAAGAUCGUACUCAUUUACGACCUCGCCAACGUGGGCUUUAGCACGUUCAAGACGGACGUCUUCACCGCAAUCCAGCGCAUCACGAAUAUCAACCAAGAGCACUACCCCGAGACGCUGCACAAGGUCUACAUUGUGAACGCGCCCUUCUUCUUUUACGGCACGUACAAACUCAUCGAGGUGUUUUUGAGCGACCGGAUUCGCCACAAGAUCGCCUUUGUUGGCCGCAAGGACGAGCUCCUCGCCGACAUUCCUGCUACGUCGCUACCCACGUUCCUCGGCGGCAGCUGCAACUGCUUUCCGGGCCAGCCCCACGGCGGCUGCGUCUCGUCGACCGCGUUCACGCAGACGCGCUACUUCUCGGCCCUCGAUGCGCACUUUGAGGACUGAGGGAGAGAACGGUUUGCGUGUUCUGAAAGCAAAUAGUGUAAUAUCGUCGAUGGCGCCGGGGUCUA